UAACAACCCAGCGUUUCACAAGUUAGUUGAUUUUGACUCCAGAAAAAUGCAUUCUUGUGUGCAAAGGGAGUGAGCUGAGAGAAAGAUAAAGAGAGGAUCAUCUGACAUCUUCACAGGUCAUCCAGAAGUUAAGGACAGACCAGGAAGUGGGACAAAAAAAAGGCCAAAGGAGACAACAAAGGAGAGGGGAGGCCUAUAUUUCUGAAGAUGGAACAGCCGCAGGUUUGGCACAUGCAGGUCGACUGCCAGGACGCUGCUGGAGAGGUCAAAAAGAAGGUGUCAGUCACGAACCAGCCGGAGUGCUCCAUCUGCUACAACACCUAUGACAAUGUCUUCAAAACACCCAAGCUGCUGGAGUGCACCCACACCUUCUGCCUGGAGUGUCUCUCCCGCCUUAUGGCAGUCUCGCUGGCUGACCGUGACGGUAACGCCGGCAGCACCCGCCUCUCUUGCCCCUUCUGCCGUCACCCCACCAUGCUCCCCGAGGAGGGACCCCCGGCUCUGACGACCAGCCGCGAGGUCCUCUGCAAGCUGCCCAGCCACCAGCAGCGGGAGGAGCCCGUGUGGCUGGAGGGGGAGAAGCUGUGCUACAAGAGCUCCAGGGACGACGCCGGCUCCGACGCCCCUGACAGCCCCCCCGCCUUCUGCAUCUGCAUUGACAUUGGGGCCAGCAAGGUGGUGGACCCUCCGAUCCAGACGCAGCCCCAGACUUAUAGCCUGAUGGGCCGGCUGGCGGACUGGAAGAGGAUGGUGCUCUUCGUCCUGCUCAUGGUGCUGCUUGUUGUAGUUGUGUUGUGGCCAUUGCAGUGUGUAUUCAGCACUGGGAACAUGCGCUGUAUGCGAGAGAGCGUCCACCCACAGCCCAGUACCACACCAACCACCACCACCACGUUCAGCAAGCCACCUGGUCUAACAGAGUAACCUUACAGACUGACUGGACUUUACUCAAAGUGUAUAUAAUAUUGUAUAUGACAUCUCUGACAUUGUUUUUUUUGUUUUGUUUAUAAUUGCUUUUAUAAGUCUAUGUUAUUGCCACACACAACGACCAACGCCUCAGACUUUUAACCACUUUAAAAACAUUAAAGCCACUAAAUGUAGACUUCUUAGAGUGAUCGUCUGCACCAAUUUUCACUGGAUAUUGCAUUAUAUUGUCAUAUGCCAUCAGACUCAUUUGAAUUAAGUUGUUUUUUAAAAUUAGAAUAUAACAUCACAUAAAGAUAAACUUUAACUCUAAAAAGCUGGAAGUUGAAGAUGGAGAUGAACUCUGACAGGCACAGAAAUCUCAUUUUUGCACUUAAAUCAACACCUGUAGUUUGACAUUAGACAGGAGUUUCUGGUCUAACUGGCUUGAUGGAACAUGUUGUCAUAUUCUGACAUUUGGCAGAGUAUCAAAUAACAGAGAACAUGAGUGGGUUGAUUUGUGUAAAAAACUCACCGUUGUGAACAGUGAAGUUGAUGUGAACUUUGCUUUGCAAAUAUCCAAUUGGGUGUAAAAAAAAAAACCAUUACAAUUCAUAGAAAGACAAAAAGUUCUGUCAAAAAAGAAAGUGAAUGUAAACCUCAUGUGCCAACUGCUAACUCAAACUUUAUAUAUUGUACAUUUGAUUUAUGUGUUUUGAUAUGUCCUUGUUUACAGAACCACAAUAAAAAAGUGA